AGUAUUAGUUCUCCGGUUCAUUCUACCCGUGUCACUCUCUCUGUAUCUCAGCUCCUCUCGCUCUAUCUCUCUCUUCUCCAUUAUUUCUAAGUACUCCAUCAGCAGUCAUGAGUUACAGACCGUCCAGCAGCCACACCUCUUUCCAACGCUCCACGCCCGUGUCCUCCUACCGGGCCGCCAGCACCUAUGGAGGGGCCGGGGGCCAGGGCACUCGCAUCUCCUCCACUGCCUACGGGGGCCUCCGCAGCGGUGCCCCGGCCGGCUCCUCCUCCUACUCCACAUCCUCCUUUAAGGUGAGCGGCGGUGGUAUGGGCAUGGGUGGUGGCAUGGGUGCCGCUAUGGGUUUGGGCAUGGGUGGUCUGAUGAAGACGGCGGCGGCAGGUGGUGGCGGUGGUGGUCACGUCAUGGGAAAUGAGAAGGGGGCCAUGCAGAACCUGAACGACCGUCUGGCCAACUACCUGGAGACGGUGAGGAACCUGGAGCAGGCCAACGGACAGCUGGAGAUGAAGAUCCUAGAGGCCCUGGAGAAGGGAGGACCAGACGUCCGCGACUACAGCAAGUACAGCCCUAUACUGGACGACCUGCGCAAGAAGGUCUUCGAUGCGACAGUGGACAAUGCUAGCCUUCUGCUCCAAAUCGAUAAUGCCCGCUUAGCUGCAGAUGACUUCAAAGUAAAGUUUGAAUCUGAGUAUGGAAUUCGCCAGUCAGUGGAGGCGGACAUUGCCGGGCUGAAGAAGGUCAUCGAUGACACCAACAUGGGCAGGAUGAACGUGGAGAGUGAAAUCGAGGCCGUGAGGGAGGAGCUCAUCUUUCUCAGGAAGAACCAUGGCAAUGAAGUGAUGGAGAUGAGGAACCAGAUCACUCAGUCGGGGGUGCAGGUGGACGUGGACGCCCCCAAGGGUCAGGACCUGUCACUGGUCAUGGAGGAGAUGAGGGCCAAGUACGAGAAGAUGGCUCUGAAGAACACAGAGGACCUCAAAGUGUGGCACGAAAACCAGAUCUCAGAUGUGCAGGUGCAGGUAUCCCAGAACACAGAGGCCCUGCAGGGGGCCCAGGUCGAGAUGAGCGACCUACAUAGACAGCUACAGACCCUCGAGAUUGAGCUGGCGUCUCAACAGAGCUUGAAAUCCUCCUUGGAGGACACCUUGCGUAACGUGGAGAUGCGUUCCAACAUGGAGGUGGAGAAGUACAAUGCCAUCCUCAUCCGUCUGGAGAGUGAGCUGACCAACCUGCGGGGCAACAUCCAGCAGCAGGGCCAGGAGUAUGAGGCGCUGCUCAACAUGAAAAUGAAGCUGGAGGCCGAGAUCGCCACCUACAGGAGCCUGCUCGACGGAGGGGACUUCAAGCUCCAAGACGCUAUGGAUGAACUGAAACCCUAAGGAAAUGAGGGGGGACAAAAGUGAUGACCAAUUGUCAACUUCAUGGAGAGAGAUACCCACAAACACAGAGGAGUCAAACCCAUCAAAUGGGCAUAACCAUCUCAUAAAAAUUUAAAAUUAAACUUUGAUGCAAUAAAUGCAACGGUUUAUCAUUUAA